AUGGCGGCUGCGGAGCCGGAGGACGAUCCUGAAAGAAAGAGACUAAAGGAGACAGUCAGGCUUCGCCUGCGGGAGUUCGAUGUUGGAGACAGAUUCUCCCACUUACCGCUGCGCAAAGCCUCUGUGCUCCUGCCGCUGAUGGUCAGGGCGGGGAAGCUGCACUUACUGCUGACCGUCAGGUCCAUGCAGCUGAGAAGAUCACCAGGGGAAGUGUGUUUUCCAGGAGGUAAAAGUGACAUAGCAGAUAAAGAUGAAAUUGAUACUGCUCUCCGAGAAGCUCAAGAAGAAGUGGGACUUGAGCCAGAGAAGGUAGAAGUCAUCUGUAGGCUUGUGCCUGGAAUUGAUAAAAUGAAUCACUUGGUAACACCAGUUGUAGGAUUUAUAGAGGAUACAUUCCAGGCAGCUCCUAAUCCCAAUGAAGUGAGUGAUGUUUUUGUCGUGCCACUGGAGUACUUCAUCAAGCCCUUAAAUUACAAGACCUUGCCUUAUAAAAGCUCAUCUGGUUCCUUAACGUGGAUACACUGCUUUAUGUAUGAUGACCAGGAACAUAGAAGGUCAUUCACAAUAUGGGGACUCACUGCACACUUUGCUGUAUUUCUUGCUCUUGUAAUUUUUGGAAAGAGACCUACCUUUGAGGUUGAUUAUGAUCUUGACAACUUAAUUUCAUCUGCUGAGAAAAACUUCAUGAAUUUAUAUGCAUCCUUAUCUGAAAGAAAGAAGAGUAAUCUAUGACAACCUGGUCUGGCAAUAAAUUUAUA